AUGUCUGUUGAGGUGGAAGGUGAUCUGAUCAGGUUCUCGUAUGGCGGCGCGCGUGCGUGUGUUGCCAGAAAAGGCUGCACUUUGGUCUCGUUCGUGGUGAAUGGCGACGAGUAUUUGUACCUCUCGGAAGCUGCGAAUCUGUCGAGCAAGAGCUCGACACCCGUGAGGGGCGGAAUGCCGCUGAUUUUCCCAGCCUUUGGCAAGUCGUACCUGGAGAGUCUGAAGGCGGUCCAGCAGCACGGGUUUGUGCGCAACAUGGCUUGGGACUUCGUCAUAGCCGAGGUGUUGACAGAGCGCACGGUAGCACGGUUUCGAUUGAGCCAUCGGCAGUGCGAGAACGAGCAGCAGUACAUAUCCUGGUGCCAAUUCUAUGGCCAGCGCAUCGAGUUUGAGCUGUCGAUGGUUUUUGAGCUGUUUCCGGACCACAUCACAGUGGACACGAGCCUUGUGAACGAGAACGUGUCCGAACUGGAGUUUCAGUUUCUGUACCACACCUAUUUCCGGGUGCCCUGUGUUCGCGACAUGUACAUCACGGGGCUGAAAGGGGCCAAGUACCUGGACAGACUGCAGACCCGGUACCGGCUAGAUACCAGUCCGAUGCUCAAGGUGGAGGAGCAGACGGACAAAAUGUACAAGCUGGGCGAGGCCAACCGGGAAAUCGACAUUUUGUCGGGCAAUUACAAUGUGCGACUGACGGCGUCGGAGAACCUGAGCGACCUGGUGGUCUGGAACCCGUGGAAAGAGGGGGCAGCCAAGAUGAAAGACUUUGAGCCGAAAUCCAGCUACCGCAACAUGUGCUGCGUUGAGUUUGGCGCAGUUGAGGGCACAACGCUCGCCAAAGGCGGACGGUGGCGCUGCCAGCACACAAUCACGAUUAUUUAG